AGUAGUGGUGGUGGUGGUGAUGGGGGGGGGGGCCGGGCUGAGGUGGCCAUGUAUAAAUAGUGUGCACUCAAAUACACAGUCACAACAGCAGGAGUGAUCUCACCUCCCUUCUUCUCCACCCCUCCUAUCUGCUGCUGCUGCUGCUGCUGCACAGCCAUCCAAACCAGACCAGAGCGGAGCAGAGCGCACACCCGGAGUGUGCAUCAGCACAGACGGUAACGUUCACGGUGGAUUUUCCUCCUCCUCCUCCUUCUCCUCUUCUUCCUCUCCCCCCUCCACCACAAAGGCUGGACCACUACUACCGCUGCUGCUGAGCCGCCGAGCCCGACAACAUGGAAGAACUGACGGCAUUCGUGUCGAAAUCUUUCGAUUCCAAAACCAAGGAGAGCAACAAGGAGGCGAUCACGUACAGGGAAGUUUUGGAGAGCGGCUUGACGAGGGCGCGGGAGCUGGGCAGCCCAGAGACAAACCUGCAGGACAUAACGGAGAGCAACCACUGCCCGGUGCAUCUGUUCAAGGACCACGUCGAGCUGGAAAAGGAGAAACUCAAGGACUUUAAUGUUUCCAGGGCGACAGACGGGAUAUACGAGUGUAAGGAGAAGAAGGAGGACGUGAAGUCGGAGGACGAGGACGCACAGGGCAAACUGAAGCAGCGGAGGAGUCGCACUAACUUCACCCUGGAGCAGCUCAACGAGCUGGAGCGGCUCUUCGACGAGACGCACUAUCCGGACGCGUUCAUGAGAGAGGAGCUGAGUCAGAGGCUGGGACUGUCCGAGGCCAGAGUGCAGGUCUGGUUCCAGAACAGAAGAGCAAAGUGUCGAAAACAGGAAAACCAAAUGCACAAAGACAUCUUUCCGUUCACUCCAGGUGUUAUUCUGGGCAGUGGCAGUCACCUGGAUGCAUGCAGAGUUGCACCCUAUGUCAACAUGGGUGCCCUGAGGAUGCCCUUCCAACAGGUCCAAGCACAGCUGCAGUUGGACGGUGUCACCCACUCUCACCCUCACCUGCACCCUCACCUGACUGCUCACGCUCCCUACCUGAUGUUCCCUCCUCCUCCCUUCGGACUACCAAUCGCAUCCCUUGCCGACUCGGCCUCUGCAGCGGCGGCAGUGGCGGCGGCCGCCAAAAGCAACAGCAAGAACUCGAGCAUCGCCGACCUGCGACUCAAGGCAGGACUUCUGCGGGGCCAGUGGCUCAGUCCACUCCAGGCACAGAUCACAUCCCAAGGACCGUACAAACACAUGUGGAUGUCUGUCUGAAAGCCGGGCCCAGCCGGUGCCCGUCAGACCAGAAGACGUUAGAACAGAGCAAACUGGCCGGCAGCAGCAGGGCUGAAAGCAGAGCCUUGCUGCCGCCAUCUUGGCAAUGCCAAAAGGUUUGAGCAUGUGGGAAACAGACUCACGUUACCACAUCAGCGCUGCAACGGAACAGCUCUCACCUUUAGGACAAACUGCCCUCCGACCUCCCAAAAACUCACCCCUCACUCCAACAAAAAAACAAAAACAAAAAAAAAAAA